AUGUCCUUUGACGAUUUACACAAGGCCUCUGCUAAAGCUUUAACCGAAGCUGUUGACAGUAUCUGUCAAGAAUUCGUUGUUGGUCCAGAAAAGAUUGAAGAAAUGACCAAUUUCUUCAUCGAAUCCAUGGAAAAGGGUUUGACUCAAACCACUCAUUCUAAGGAUGCUUUGGAUAUGAUUCCAACUUACGUCACUGGUUUACCAAACGGUACUGAAAGAGGUGUCUUAUUGGCCGCCGAUUUGGGUGGUACCAACUUCAGAGUCUGUUCUGUUGAUUUGAACGGUGAUCAUACUUUUGUUAUGAAACAAGUCAAAUCCAAGAUUCCAGAUGAAUUAUUGGAAGAUGACAAUGCUACUCCCAAGGACUUGUUUGGUUAUUUAGCAAGAAGAACCAUGGUUUUCAUCAAGAAAUACCACCCAGAAGUCUUGGAAACUGCUGCUGCUGAUCAAAAACCUUUGAAAUUAGGUUUUACUUUCUCUUACCCAAUUGACCAAUCUUCUUUGAACUCUGGUACUUUGAUCAGAUGGACUAAGGGUUUCAAGAUCGCCGAUACUGUCGGUAAAGAUGUCGUCACUUUAUACCAAGACGCCUUAGCUGAACAAGGUUUAUCCAUGAUUAAAGUCGUUGCUUUGACUAACGAUACCACUGGUACUUUCUUAUCUCAUUGUUACACUUCUGACAACACCGAUUCUUUGACUUCUGGUGAAAUUUCUGAACCAAUUAUUGGUUGUAUUUUCGGUACUGGUACCAAUGGUUGUUAUGUUGAAGAUUUGAAAAACAUUAAGAAAUUGGAUCCAAAGGUUAGAGAAAGAUUUAUUGCUGAAGGUAAGACUCAUAUGGUCAUCAACACUGAAUGGGGUUCCUUCGACAACGAAUUGAAAGUCUUACCAACUACCAAAUACGAUUUGGAUAUCGAUCAAAAAUACUCUGCUAACCCAGGUUUCCAUUUAUUCGAAAAAAGAAUCUCCGGUAUGUACUUGGGUGAAUUGUUAAGAUGUUGUUUAGUCGAUUUACACUCUAAAGGUUUGAUCUUCUCUCAAUACAGAUCUUACGAUCAAUUACCACACAGAUUAAAGACUCCAAACGAAUUGGACUCUGAAGUCUUAUCUCACAUUGAAAUCGAUGACUCUACCGGUUUACGUGAAACUGAAUUGUCCAUGUUACAAUCCUUAAGAUUACCAACCACUUUAUCUGAACGUAAAGAAAUCCAAAAGUUGGUCCGUGCCAUCUCUAGAAGAGCUGCUUAUUUAUCUGCCGUUCCAUUGGCUGCUAUCUUGAUCAAGACUGAUGCUUUGAACAAGAGAUAUCACGGUGAAGUAGAAAUCGGUUGUGAUGGUUCUGUUGUUGAAUUAUACCCAGGUUUCAGAUCAAUGUUGAGACACGCUUUGGCUUUGUCUCCAAUUGGUGCUGAAGGUGAACGUAAGGUUCAUUUGAAGAUUGCCAAGGAUGGUUCCGGUGUCGGUGCUGCUUUGUGUGCUUUGGUUGCUUAA